UCUUCUCGCUAUGCGUUUUUCUCUUAUUUUCAUCUCCUUUUCACUUCUCAUUCGUUCCCUCGACGCUAUUCCUCCGGUUUAAUCAGCACGCCCUGAUUGAUCGACCGUGUGAUUGCAGUUUACUCAGCAUGCGGGUGUAUGUUUUUUUUACGGUUGCUCGUGCUUGCAAUAUGUGUGUUUUGUUAAUUACUAUCGUGUUCCACGAUUUGCGCAUGCGCCGUCUCGAAACCUCGAGUGAUGCUGAACGACGAUUUGAAACGCUGUCUACAAUAACGUCGCGUGAAUUGUCCGAUCUCUCAAUGGAAUUUUCCGCGGGUACUCCUGUAUAAGUCGUUCAAUCGAAGGUAUCCUCGAUGUUUCGCGAGAUUAGAUAGAGCCGACGCAACCGUUUUCUCUCCGGAGAUUCGUUAAUUCUCACGACUCGCGGCGCUUCGACGAGCGUGAGACGUGUGAGUAGUGCGCUGUUUGACACACACACACACACAGCUUGAUGUACGAAACGCCCGCGGAGACGAUCGCAUCGACACCCCGAGUGGGGUGCUGACUCCGUAAUUAAUUAGGCCGAGGCAAGGUGACGAUGCGGUCACACAGUGAGUGUGCUCAAGUCUCGUCCGAUAAGUGGGAAACUGUCGACACCCGGACAGACGGAUGAUAGCCUCCCGGCGCGAGAUAUAUUCCUCUGGUAUCGAUUAAUCGGCAACUUGUGCACACUGCGACGCAUCGUUUCACCUUCGGCCGGAAACUUUGCCGACUGCGUCACAGCCAAGGCUGCGAUCUAGACCGGACCGGGGAAUCGAUAAUCGGAGUCAGUUAUAACGGAGGGUGUCGGUGCGAGUCGGCUCCCACAAUUUAUAUAUGGCACAGCUCUCUCUCUCUCUCCCCCCGAGGUUUAUCGAUAUUGGUGCGCGUAUACUUCCGGAAGCUCUUCUUGCAAUCUUUUCGAGCAAGCACCACUGCAGUUUUAACACCACUACCGCCACCACCGCCACGACCGACGAGAGGAGUCUCUUUGGUACACGGCGCGCACGGCGUGUAGCCACCAAGCUUGAGCGCGGCGACCUUUAGCUGACUUUUUCGGUGGCAGGGUAAAGCUGACUGAGUUGCACUGCUCUCGGCAGACGAAACCAUCGAAAAUCCCGAAACUCUGUCCACAGACGACGCGGAGAUCGAGUAUUUCCCGAUCUCGGCCGCAUUGACAAGGAUUCGCGUGCACCGGAACAGCGGCUCGAGCAUCUCGAAGACGAUCGGCCGGAGAUCGCCGGUCAUGAGAGCGGCCCGCACGCUCGCCGAGCGAUCUCCGUCCUCCGGGAGCGCGUGUUCCAGAACGCAAGCUAUGUCCGCGCCGCCCUCACCGCCCCGGAGAAAGUCCUCGCGUCACAACAGAACCUUGAAGCUCUACUCGGAGACGCGACUGAUCGAUAGCUCGCACUCCUCGAAACCCAGGCACGAACAGUGUUUCGCGGCCGACAGCGUGUCGAGCAUCAGAUCGCUGCGAGAGCGCUUCUGCAGCAAUCUCGAGCGACGUAGUCGCGAGCACCUGAUCAGCGCGCAACGCAGCCCGGUCACCGGCAAAACCGCCAAGACGCCCGGUCUGCUGCCCGCCGCAUUCAGCAAGAGGAAAUCGGACCCCUGUCUGUCGCAAUUCGAAGCGAACCCAGGAAAGAGACUGAGCUCGACGGCCGGAUCGAGGAGCCACGUUUGCUCCUCGGCGUCGCCGGCAGCCUCGAGAGGCAUUCGGCAGAAGAUCGACGGCAAACGUCCGGUCGAGGAAAAAGUGCCGAGGUAUACCUCCGUUGGCAGAGAGGGGCGGCGGAGGUCGCCGGAGAGAAGUCCGACGAAAUCGGAAUCCUCGCCGAGGAAGGAGAAGCCCCGCUUGACCAGGAGGGAACAGGAGCAAUCGUGCAAGAGGCUCUCUUCGCCGGUGGAGGUGAGAAAGGUUCUGCAGAAGGAAGCGAAAGACGUGCGGACCAAGGUGCUGCCCUCGGGGACGGUCGUGAGGAGCUCGACGAUUCCGUAUAGUUCAUUGGCGAGUAGGCAGAAGCGUCCGGCGGAGAAAUCUCUCAAGGUUGUCGUGGCGGUUUCGCCGAAGGGGCAAGAAUUACUGCGGAAGGAGCCGAAGAAGACGAGCUCCCAGCCGAGGUCUGCUCCCGUGAGGGGCGCGUCUUCGCGAAAUUUCACGGAGCCGAGGAAAACGAGGGUCGCCGCGAAGCCACCCGAGAAGCUGAUCGUCAGUAAGGAAUCCCUGGUGUCUUCGUCCGAGGUAAGUGGCGAGGUGAACAAGAGGAAGCCGCAGACCAUCGUUCCGAUGAGGAAGCCGGAAACGAUACGCGUCGCGAACGGCAGCAGGAAAAAAGUGGAAGCGAGGAAGAAGACUCGUAGGGAGAAGACGGGUAGGCCCUCGAGCAGUUGGAGGGAGAUGGCUGAGAGGGAGGACAUCAAGCUGCUGAGGAAGGUGCCGAGUAUCGCGCAGGAGACCGCCCCGUUGACCGUGGAGGAGAUCAAGAGGCACCAGGAGGCGACGCGCACGGACACCUUCUUCCAGAACCUCUUCUUGCGAAACCCCCCGAAGAGAUCCCUCGUCGGUGAGCGCACGAAGAUGCUGCAGGACAUGGCGAACUACAAGUCGGAGCCGUCGCUCAAGUCCCUCAGCGUGUAUCUCGCGCACAAGCGGCCGGUCUCGAACUCCAAGUUCAAGAACUGGGAGCGCGACAGCGUCUCGUCCAGAAGCUCCAGCCCCCCGUACGGCGUCUGCUGGCCCGGCCGGUCGCUUCUGCAGAAGGUUAGCAAGUUCGACAGCCUGCUGGGCAUCGACGAGUUCGGCUCGCUGCGCAGUCCGGAGUUGUCGCACGUGAAGGAGCGCAGUCUGAGCGAGCCGCCCUUGAAGACGGAGUCUUCCCCGCGGAGCUCCUCGCCGUCUCCGACGAGAGCCGAGACUCCCCGACAGAUUCGCGGCGUCUCGAAGCAGGAUACCCCGAAGAAGAUCAGAGCCAGGAGCGCGGGUGAAGCGAAGCGACCGCUCGGCUCGACGUUGUCGCUGACGAAGAGCACGGGUUCUCUGUCCGACCGCGAGGAUUACCAGCAGUACAUACUCGAGCUGCUGCAUCACAGGCGCAAGUCGAGGCGGUACAAGGAUCUGCGCGACUUCUACGCCAGCCUGAGCAGGAUGGGUCAGCUGGAGCGCACCUUCUCCUCCGGAGAGCUGCGGCCGAGGAUGAGGAACGAGGAGAUCAUCGAUUACGAGCGUUGGCAACGGGUGAGGUCGAAGGAGAAAGCGGAGCAGGAGCUGAAGGCGCUCUGUGGUAAGCUGAGGAGCGUCCAGCGCGACAAGGAUUUCCUCUUCACCGUGAGGGACGUCGACAAGUUCAGGUGGCACGGUGACUGCGGGCUCCGCUGCAAGGAACGCUCCGUGGAGGACAUCCUGCAGUACUUCAAGAAGCUCGAGAACGAGGAGAGCGAGCUGGAAUCCUCGAAGAGGAGAAACAUCUCCUUGCAGAAGGACACGUACAAGCCUCUCUGGCGCGGCAGCUCGGUGGUGAACGUAGCGAGCGCGAUGCAGAGGAAGGCCAACGGCGGUCAGGACGGCGAGCAUCCGUCGUCCCUGCAGAGAAGCCUCGGCGGCAGCAAGAAGUUUUGGAGCAGCCUGUCCAUCGAGCAAGUGGCCACCCUGAAGAAACAGCUGAACGAAAUCUACGGCAGCGACGGGCCUCAGAAAGCGGCGGCGGUGAGGUCGAACGGGGAGGUGGAAGACAAGCGCGAAAGCUUGUCGCGUUACGAGAUCAUCGUGCCGGCCGGACGUCCUCAGGGCGACUCGAAGGGCCUCCACGUGCGGUGUCACUCGAUGAUCAGCCAGUCGGCGAUGUUGCUGAAGGAAUCCGAGGCGAGUCGGGUCGAAGCGUCGAAGAAGAGCGACUCGAAAGGCGGCAUAAUAGAGAGGUCGCCGACGAUGUCCGAGCUGGAGAAGAAGCGGCUGUCGUUGACCCUCGGCAAGGAGGUCCUGGACAAGAUGACGCGACGCAGGAUGUCCGCGCCGUUGGCACCUCGGGAGACCCGCGGCAGCAUCGCCGCCGCCCUGGCGAAGGUGUCGUCGAGGAAGGAGGUCGCGAGCUGUCCGUCCGGCACGGCCAGCGUGGCCAGCACUUCCCCGAGGACCUGCUACUCCCUCGAAGCGGAAGACUCGACGAGACUCAAGGACAAGAGCGACUUCCUGCUGGUGCUGACGCCCAACAACGAGACCGACAAGCAGCGCGUGGAGACCGUGCUCGAGGAGUGGUCGAAGAAGCCGCCGUUGUUGGCCGUGGAAGCUCCCACGACGAAGGCGGGUAGACUCGGCCCGGGCAGCGACGCGGACAGCAUGACCGAGAGCUCGGAGGCCUCGGUGAGGACGGUGAUUCAACGGAACGUCGAGACGGAGGACGUGUCGCGGAAGAUCGAGUUCUUCGAGAACGUGGAGAGAAGAGGGGAAGCGCACCGCGGCUGGAAGAAGCUGUCGUCGUCGCAGAGCUUCGCCGACCUGAAGGAGCUCUUCGGCGAGACCGAGUCGGCCAAGUACAGCGGGCCGGCCGGCUCGCGAUCCCGCAGCCCGACGUUGUUGGACGACACGCGACGACAAUUGCCCUCCUGUUCACGGGAGCGUGAACGCGAGCGAGCGCGCAGCGUCAGUCCGUGUCGAUCCAACUCGUCCUGCAGCUUGGACAGCGGCUGGCUGCGCAGUUCUUCGCCGGAUCCCGAGAGGUACUGGCGCGCUUACCUGAAGCUAGUGCGAAACGGCACGGUGCGUCGGUUACGGGCGAGAUUCGAGAGCGCGGAGGAGCUGCGCGCCAAGGUCGCGCCGACACCGAAGCGUUUCCGCAGCGACCCGGAGCUAGCGAGGAGCCUGCUGAAGAGGGCGAGCGAGGACGGCGCGCCGAAGCGCGCGGACGUAGCCUGGCUGCGCGGGAGGUUCGAAGGGAGGAGGGCCCGACGAAGGGGCGAGUCGCCGCCGAUCCCGCGGGUGCCGCUGCGCCGCGAGAACCUCUCGAUGCCGCGCAUCGACGUGAUCAGCAAGACCGCCGAGCUGAAGGAGCCCACCGUCACCAGCACCGUGAGCAACCACGCGGUCAGGCAGGCCGAGACGAAGGAACUCCGGGCGAAGAAGCCGGUCUGCCGGAUGCGGAAGAGAUUCGAGUCGCCGGACGCCGGCCGGCGUACCUCCGUCAUCGGCGAGAUGUUCACGUCGGCGCCGGACGUGCGCGAGCUCCGCGACAUCGCGCCCUACCUGGCCGGCCGGUGGGUGGCCCACCGGUUCCCGAAUCGCCGCGACAACAUGCGCUCCUUGUCGUCGCCGGCCGACCUUGAGCUUCACCGGGGCUCCUCGAAGAAAACCGAGCGAGCCAGCUCGCCCACCCCUGCGUCGAUCCUGAAACCUUCGCAGAAUAUCUUCGCCGGGCAACACUUCGACCCCGACAAGCACAGGCCGAGGUUCAGGUAUCAACCGCCGCCGCCGCCACCUUCGCCCGCCGGCGGACGAAAGCACGGAACGUUGUGGCCGACCUUGCCCGUCUACACGGCGCGACCGACCGUCACCUUCGAAGGUCUGAAUCCCGCCGGGCUUCGCUCGGCUCGCGAGGCGGACGAAAGGGAUGAAAUUUAACGCGCCCGCUUUCCCCUCUUCUCUAGUUUUACGAACCUUUCGCGAGAUUGCGCAGGGAAGGGUAGAGCUUUAGUUCUCGAGACACGUCUUUAUCACCAAUAUCGCUGGACGUCGGAGAGGGAGGCGCGUUCGCCAUUCUGUAUACAUGUGUAACCCUAUGUUGCAGCCCAGAGCGAGUGUCUUUACUCUGUCGUAGCUGUAGAACGGCUAAUUAUUAUUUUGAUUUUUUUCCGCUCAU